CAAGGGAGCCGUUUCAAAGGCACAUCCCACCUACUACUACUACUACUUUUAAGCGUCACAGCUGCAGUCAUCCCCAAGUGUUUAAGAGAAUAGAAUUUGCUAAUAAGGGAACGAACGUCAAAGACCUUUUAACUAAGAUUCUCUCCCACUCCAACAAAGCAUCAUCAGUUUCUGUCAUCAAGGUGCUAGAUGUACGUGAGUUUUAAAUGGUAAAAAUAAUGUUACAAUUACCUGUUGAACUGGAAGAGACAGUAAUUUUUGUACCAUUACUUUGAAACUUAGAAAAUAUUUUGUAAAUGCAUUUCAAAUUGAAGGUAUCUGUUAAACUGAAUCUCCUGUUGUAGGAAAUUUAGAGCUGGUUUGGAAGGAAAUAUACUGUAGACUGGCGUAUGUCAUAGCAGUACCUUCUUGUUAUUAUACGUAUUUUGAAAUGAGGGAAGAUUCAUGAGGAACAAGCGUAAAUGCAAAGCAUACUCACAGGGUAAUGGUCAGAAUAAAAGAAGAAAAAAGAAAAAGGAGAUAAGAAAAUGAAAACUAAAAAUUUUUGAUAAGUAUAAAUGAUCUAUAUGUGCCACUUUUCUGGAUAUAAAAUACAAAGUUAGGCUUCCAACCUGCUGUUCAUUGUAAGUAAUAAAAUAUUGGAACUGUGUAAAAAAGAAAUUAAAAUGAAUCCAGAAUUUUCAGUAGAAUUUCCUUUGAAAAAGGAAAUUGAAGAUUCAUUAUCUCCCCCUCCAAUUAAUCAUGAUUUGUUUGACCGUAGUGAGGCCACUAAUGAUAGCUCCUUGUUUUUGGGUCCAUUCAUUGAUGUCAAGGCAGAGCCAAAGGAAUAUGAGCAUGAUGAAGGUGAUAAGAAAUAUUCAAGUGAAAUUGAUAUGGCAAUGAACGAUAAGGAUAUACCAGAAUGCAAAAUGGAAGUUGAUACAGAAGAAAGGAAUAGUGGGCAAACUGGAGCGAAACUUUUUGGAUGCAAACUUUGUGGAAAAAUGUUUUCUAGGAAUUAUAAACUCACAGUUCAUAUGAGAAUUCAUAAUGGGGAGAAGCCAUACAGAUGUGGGGAAUGCAAGAAAGCGUUUUCUGAGAAAAGUAACCUUACAAAGCACAUGAAGGUUCAUACUGGAGAAAAGCCAUUCACUUGUGCAGAAUGUGGGAAAACGUUUUCUCAGAAAAUUCAUCUUAGAGGUCACAUGCUGACUCACACUGGAGAAAAACCAUUUCCUUGCACAGUCUGUGGUAGAGCAUUUGCCCUAAAAGGUCAUGUAAAAAAUCAUAUGAGGAUUUGCACCGGAGGGAAGUCAGCUGGAGGCACUAGAAAUCAAAAUGCAUCUGCUGUGGAACUUCGUCGGGCUCUCAGGAGAGUGAAGCGAUACACAUGCGUAGAAUGUGGGAAGAAAUUUUCUCGGAAACCUAUUCUCAGAGAUCAUAUGAGGAUUCACACUGGAGAGAAGCCAUUUACGUGCAGUGAAUGUGGGAAAGCAUUUUCACAAAAAAAUGCUGUCACAAAUCACAUGAGAACUCACACAGGAGAAAAGCCAUUCACAUGCAGAGAGUGUGGGAAAUCAUUUUCUCGGAAAGGUAGUUUGACAUCUCACAGAAAGAUUCAUACAAUCAGGGAUGUCAUUUGCAUGUAGAGAAUGUGGGAAAAAAAUUUCCCAGGAAUGUGAUCUUACAAUUCAUUAGAAGAUACUAUGUGUACUCAUGAAGCAGUUACACUGGAGAAUAGCCAUAGGCAAGGGAGCAAGGCAUAUUUUCCAAAAAAUUACUGCCCAAAUCUGAUAAAGAUUAAAACUGAGUAUAAGGAUUCAACUGACAUGUAACAGAGAAUGCACCAUUCCUGGUUUUAAAUAAAGAACAUUAAGAGAAUACCCUUAAAAAAGACUGGCAAUUUGAGUAGAGUGGAAGAACAUUUUCAGAGAAGCAUGAAGCAUUUGCUAAGAGAGGAAAUCAGGAAAAAAAGGUCAAUCUAAUAUGAAUAAUUGAUGCACACCAAGUUAACGAGAAACCUUUUAUGUGUAAGGCUAAAAAAUGGAGAACAGUAUUUAGUAUAAUAUGUAUGUAUAUAAAUGCCCUUCAGAAGAAUACAAAAUGUAAAGGGCAGGUACCAGGGAAUCCAGGCACUCUCACUGAGGGAAAAUGUUGUGCGGUGAAGCAAUAGUUCUGGAAACUUCUCUUGGUAAAACUGGAAUCUAAGAAUAUACCAGACUAAGAAGUAGUAUAUUUUUGUAGUGUUACCGCUGUUCAUCCUCAAAAGAGUUCACUCUCAUGGUCUCCUUAGGCCCCAUUAGUCAAGCCAACCAGUCUCAAAGAAUUGUGCUUGUUGGCACAGUGAUAGAAUAUAAAGGGGUGGGCAAAAGGGCUCUGUCUCCUGUCCAAAGCAUCUACCUCAGCUUUCCUUUCAUCCUACUUACACAGACAAGAUGUCAGCUGUUUUCCUCAUUACACUCUAGUAUGUCUUAGUGUUCGCAUAUCCACGGUAUUUGUUUCAAAAUUGUGUUCUGGAUUCACAGAUUCACCUAUUCACAGAUUUCUCUGUGGAAUGUAUAUCUGAAACUUGCCAUGAGAGUGGUGGUCAUGUUGAGAUAUUGUCAGGGAAUGUGCAAUAAGUAUGCAGCCAGAUCCUACAUAAUUAGGUAAGUCACCUUAGAACCACAAAGAAUAAUAUGUAUGUAGGGUUUUUUAGUUUUUUUCCUGUUCUCUAUAGCCAAACCCUAAUGGGUAUACAAAAUAAAGAAAAUGGUUGAUAACCUGUGACGAUACUAUGGACCAAAAAUUUAUCAGAGUUGCUGGGAUUUAUUUAUUAGGAGCUAAGCCAUAGUAGUAGUAACCUAUUUUUUGAUAGCCAUUGUGAGUGCUCAAACCCACCGACUUUCCCUGACAAAAAUGCAUGAGACUGUGUAAAGACUUGGCAGGCAAUGAGGAAAAUAGCCAACAUAUAUGCUGUUGCCAUAUGAUAAAGGGAGAAGUGAGGUAACUGCUGAGGACAUGAAAUAGAGCACUCUUUUCCUGAGUCUUUGAUAUUCUAUCACUCUGCCAACAAGCACAAUUCUGGCUGAGAUCAACUACGAGAGAAUUCUUUGAGAUUGGUAGGUCUGUCUCAGUCUCAUGGAGCUUGGGGGUACCAUGAAGGUUUAACUCCUUUGAGGAUGCACAGCUGCUACCAAAAAUAGGUUUUCCCUACAUCAAAACCUUUUAUACAUCAGAUUGAAAAUUUUUUGUGUUAAUAAAGUUUCUGUUUUUUUUUUGUAGACUAACUUUACUGUCUAAAUGGCCAAUAGGCUAAUAACGCUAUUUUGGGGGAGUUCUCUCUCUUUGAACUUCCUUUACAAAAUUGUUUUAACAAUUGAGCAAGGGGUGAUAAAGAGCAAGGACCUCUUGUGCAAAGCAGUAUAGGUAGUAUUUUGUAAGGAAUAAAAAUUAUUUUGAAGAAGUUUAUGUUUGUACAAAUUUAAUUUGAGGUCAUUACCAGAUGUUACUUAUGGACUGGGUCUCACUGUCUGCAAAACUGAGGCUCCUCUUUUAAGACUUUGAAAAGGAAUAGAUAUACGUAAAUGCAAUUUUCAGUUUAAUGGGCUGUGAACUUUGUUUUCCAUACAUUUGUGAUAUUCCUUAUCAAAAAAUAAAGAUUGCAUUGU